AUGAUACUUAGUAGAUACCUUCUAGUAGAUACUACAAGGUUGAAAAGAACAAUAAAAAAAAUUAGAAGGAAUAGUUUUUACAGCAGCUAAUAUCUACAGAAUAAAACUUUUAAGUUUUCAAAUAUUAAGAUAACUGCUAAUCAGAUUUCACUAAUAACAAUACAGCACAGUCUUUUUAUAAAACUAACAGCUCUUAGUUAGGAGGGCUAGUUCGAGUUAGACCGCAGAAUAUUCAAAAUACUGAUUUACUGUCAAAUAUUUAUUUGCUUUCACAAAGUGUCUCAAAUCAGAAAAGAAAUAAGUAAAGCAUUAAAUAACUAAGAGCAUUAGGAGAAUAAAGUAGCUUAUAUAAGCAAAAUAAUUUUUCUGAAGUCGACAAUUUAAAGAAUCUUAAUAUUACCUAAAAUAACAAUAUUUACUAAAUAAAUAUACCAAAUUCGUGUAAGUACAGCAGUGCAAAUUUCAAAAAGUUGA